AUGAACAUGAGUGCCCAGCAGCCAGACAGGGAGUGGAUCGAAGCCAGGCGACGCAUCCUCGUGGGCUCCAUCCUGGCCCCCAGCGACAAGGACCAGUUCAUCGAGGCGUCAUUCGCCACGCACUUUGGUCGGAACGUCCCUGAGCCUGAAUUCUGGACAGCGUUUGAGCAGGCCUGCAGCUUUGCAGCGGAAGGAAAACCGUGGCACACCCCACGCCAACUCAUGAUCUCGUAUUCGCUGCCUCAACAGGUCAACGGCAAAGAUGCCCGGGGCGAAACGAUGAUGACUUUGGCCGCAACGUUCGGUCGGGCGAAGGUGGUGAGCAUCUUGUGCCAAAUCAAAGGCGACCCACGCAUCGAGAACGCGAAGGGGUGGUCUACCGUGCAUGUAGCAGCAGCUUACAACCAUGUCAACGUCUUAGAAGCGCUACUAAAUCUCGGCAUGAGCAUGAACGAGACAGACUCGCGUUUGGGCUACACCCCACUGCAUCUGGCCGCAUCGGUUGACAACGUCGAGGUGCUUCGGACACUUCACGAUUCGAAGAAAGCAGAUUUUUGGAAGAAAGCAAAGAAUGGUUUCUCGGUGUUACACGUGGCCUCCACUCACGGGUCUGACAGAUGCGUCAAGUUUCUCUCGGAAACGUUUCCGGAUAUGAAAUUCCACGAUGACAGCCUGCUGAAGGAGACUCCAGCUCACAAAGCCGCCAAGCACCUUCACCCACACGUCUACCACCAUCUAACCUCCCUCGGAGCUCGGGACGAUCUGGAAAACUUAGAGGAUGACACUGCUCGCGGCAUCUCGCUAUUCAACACUCGCUACAACUUCUAA